AUGGAGAUCAUGGGGCUGGAAUCUGGAAUACUCAAGAGCUUGCCCCCCGCUUCUUACUUUACUGAAUCGUGCGAAGCUUCAGAUUGCCAUCCCACCAUCUCCGCUCCGAAAGGGCAGGGGAAUUGGUUUAUGUCAGCAUCGCUAAAGCAGGAGGGCCCACUACCUUAUCACGUUAUCGGUGCCAUGGGAAGACGCUCGGAUCAUAGACUGCACCUACUACGGCUCGAGCCCCCACUUGCCGGCGGGAAUUUCGGAGAGGCCCGCCUUGAGGUGGAAAAGCGGGUAUCUUCAGAGUACGUACUCCGAUACGUACACUGCCCGCAGCAUGUGAUUCACGGGGCUCCUACCGCUUCUAAGUACCAAGGUAUCUUGUCUCUUGCCGCCCGGGAUUUCUCUCUCUUUUUCCACCUCAUAAUGUCGCCGAUCUACGGAUACACUUAUUCAAUUUUGGUAGCAAUUAUUCAAUGUUUGAGAUAUCUUGCCGAGCCACAAAAUCAUGUGGCGUUUCCCGCUACCAAGGAUGCGGGGUUCCACGACUCGAACCAGGGGUCUCCAACGAGCGAUGUCCAUAUGGACGCGCUGAUAUGCGCUGAUAAUUGCGUGAAGGUCCAAAAUCUCUGGCAUGGACCUUGGGGAAGCCCAGCACAGGCCAGCCUCUGCCGAGAUGUGCUAGCAAGAGAGCUUUCCUUGCGUGAGAAAGCUGCGGCCUUCGUUGCGUGCUUAAUCAAGUUCGGGAGCUCUAGAUCGGGAGUGAGGGGCUACGAUGAGCUGCUUCAAGGAUCUUCUGUUGUGGGUUGUCUUCCCCUCCUAUCCAGAGUCUCCACAGGAGCUCUGAUCCUUGACAUUAACGUCUAUUUCAUUUGGCUCCCUGGCUCUGUUGGCAUUUUGCAUGCAUUAAACAAGAAUAUGCGUCCAAGUCAACUCACCGCAAUCAGGAUAGGGCACAACAGCGUGCCCCAUGUCCAUGCAACAGACAGCGGCGCGUACAUUGCUGGCUUUUUGCAGCUGGCCUCUGAGAGCCAUGGUAGUAGACGCGGAGGUCUACAUGAAUUCCGCCUCGGAAAUGCUCUCCGACGGGCCACAUACAACUACCUUAGCUGCGGGCUGCUUGGUCUGAGCCUGGCGCCAACAUAUCCGCCCUCGGCCGCCACAUGCGAUCCACCGUCGUGCAACGGACACUUCGCUCUAGAAUCAACGAUAGAAAUGCAGCAAUUCACUCAUCGCCCCCAAUUCUCCCAGAACUUAUCAUCCGACCCCGAUCGCCGACUGUCACGCUCCACGGUCAACUGCCGGAUUAGGAAGGCGAGAUAUCUCACCUGGGGUAACAUCGCCUUGACGCACGAGGAUCAACCUUCCUUCGACGAACCACAGCUUCACUAUGGCCUGCGAUAUCUGGGCGCUGAGGCCAUCAACAUCACCAACACCGACAUUUACAACCUGCAAAGCGACCUCAUACGCAUCAGCUGCCAUUAA